AUGGAACUCAAUAACUACAUGGCAGAUGCUGAACCAGAUGUCAUAGAGGAGGAAUUCGGUCAGGGCGAGAAGACGGCGGUGAAUACGCCGGCUGGGCCUUCGGGAGUGGGGCGAUCACCACAUCAGCUCGAGCGUUAUAUCAACCUCUCGGCUGUGAUCAACUUCGCUGUGAUCAUUCUCGCUUCUUGGGAGUCGUUCGCAGUGACGUUCCAGUUCGCGUUGAUCAACGGCGGUCCCGCAUCUAUCUUCUAUGGCUCUAUCCUGGCUGGCAUCGGCGCCUGUGCCGUUGGAUUCUCACUGGCUGAGUUGGCUUCAAUAGAUCCAACCGUUGGUGCCCAGUAUCGUUGGUCAGCCAAUCUCGCUCCGGCUGCUCCUCGCUUCUGGGGUCUACUGCAAGGAUGGAUAACUGUUGGUGCCUGGUGCUUUGCAUGCAGUGGACCGCCUUCCAUAUUAGCCAACAUCAUCACGUCAUUGGCGAUGUUCAACAACGAGGACUACGUUCCUGAACGAUGGCACACCAGCCUCAUGAUGGUCGCGCUCAUGAUAGUCCCCUUCAUCUCGAAUCUCUGGUUUCGCAAACUUCUCGAUGCAUUCGAAAUCACUGGUGGCAUACUUCACGUCUGCCUCUUCAUUGUGUUAGUCGCCAUCUUCGUCGCGUUUGGACCGCGCAGCGACCCUGACUUUGUCUUCAAGACAUUGAUAUGGGAAGAGUCGGGUUGGAAUAACAAAGGUGUUUCUUGGGGUCUCGGGCUUCUGAGUAUGUCGUUCGCCGUUGUUGGAGCAGACAGUGUUUUGCACAUGUGUGACGAGGUGAAGAAGGUGCGAACGCGCGUGCCACGCAGUAUCAUAAUCACCUCUGUCGCGAACUCAGCGAUGCUGAUCGUCUUUGCUACUAUCAUUCUCUUCUAUAUGGGCGCCACCCCGCUUCCAAUCCUAUGGGUCAUUUACAACAUCACCGGUUCCUCAGUGGCAGCCAAUGUUCUCACCACACUCAUAGCCCUCCUCAUCUUCUUCGCACUCUUCAACAUAUUCGCGUCCGUCUCUAGACUUAUUUGGUCAUUCGCACGCGACAACGGGCUGCCUUUCUCCGACUUCUUCUCCUACGUGCAUCCCACACUCAAACUCCCCGUAAACGCGCUUCUCCUUGUUGGAACCAUCGUAACAUGUCUCUCUCUCAUCUACAUCGCCAGCGCGACCGCCUUCAAUGCGCUCAUCUCACUUCAAGCCCUCGCGUUGCACAUAUCGUACUUCUUCCCGAUCCUCUUCAUACUCCUACGUAAAAUCCGAGGCCCACCGCCACCUUACGGACCGUUCAAGCUUGGUUCCGUGGGUAUACCCGUCAAUACAUUUGCGCUGUGCUAUCUGGUCUUCGUGGUACUUUGGAUGCCGUUCCCUCAGAUUUUGCCAGUCACACGAGACAACAUGAACUACGCGGGACCCAUCUUUGGUGCGGUCGUAAUCGGGGCUUUGGCCCAUUGGUUCAUUAGUGGGCAUAGGACGUUCAAGAUGCCUGUCAUUCGGUAUGAGUAG